UGCUCCUGCGGUCUGACGACAUUAGAUGGUAUGCUAGGUUUAGACACUGUGGAAGAAUUUCACGCCGAAAGUAACCAAAUCACAGAUUUAAGUCCUUGCGGUUUCCUGCCGAAGAUUCGCUUAAUCAAUCUGAAAAGCGCUCUUCAGAAAUCUACUCAAAGAUGUUAUGGCUGUUACUUUUUUGACAAUAUGUGAGUCGUUAGAACAUUUAACGCUAUCGGAAAAUAUAGAAUUAAUUCAAGCUUUUGACACUCCCUUGUACAGAAAAAUUGUUAAAAGUAUUUUACCAAACUUAAAGACGCUAGAUGAAGUGGACAUUUCGUCAGAGGAAACAUUGCCAGAGUAUGCCAAGCUUCAUCAGUUUUGCGCAAGUGAACACCUUGAAAGUGACCAGGAAUUUGACUUCAAUGAGGAGACAAAAGACGCAUCACGACACUUGUAUUCCAUAACAGACAAAGGUCAAUUUGUGGUCAGUUUUACACCAAAAGUAUUAUCACCAAGAUCUCCCUCAGGGCAUAGCAGUACAGAUUCGACCAUCAUUUCAGGGAAGAGAAAUUUCCAUCAUUUGAGGAAUGGCUGCACACACCAGAUUCUGAUGAUUAAUUAUAUCUACUUACCAAUAUCUAUUUUUGAUAUUUUUAUACAUUAAUUUUAUUUGUUAUUU